CUCAAAGAUAAUAGCUGGCUCAGUGAAGAUACACGUAGCUAUUAAAGUCCAGUUGAGUGUGUCUGAACUAUUCUGACUAACGAGCGAGAUGACAAAGCUUUGGUCUCUCGUCCUUUUGUUGUGCAUCUGGAACUCCCAAUCUCGGUUAUGUUCCAGUUGUGUCCUUCGACGAGGAGUUGCUGACUCAGGCCUCCUUGACCAUGGAAAUGGUCAAGGAAAUGCCCACCAAGCUGCCCAUCGAUUUAGGCGAGACUUGACCACCAAUUGUGAACCUGAUUCUCCGAUUCCACCCAAUCGUGUGGACACGAGCCAAAGACUUCAGUCCUUGCGAGAGAUCAUGGUCCAAAAGAACCUUCAGGCCUACUAUGUUCCAUUAGAUGAGGAAGGACGUCGGAGCUGGAUCUCAGGCUUCAGUGGCAGUAAUGGAGACGCCAUCAUCACUUUGGAUCAGGCGGCUUGUUGGACGGAUGGCAGAUAUUUCUUGCAAGCGGCUGAUCAGCUGGAUUGUAAUUGGCAACUCAUGAGAAUGGGCCAAGAUGGCGUGCCAACCUACGCCACGUGGAUCUUGGGCGAUGCCAAUCUGAGUGAAGGCUCGAGAGUCGGUGCCAAUCCCGAGCUUCUCGGAGCGAAAACCUGGUUGGAGCUGAGUGCCUCCCUGUCGUCCAGAAGCAUUGAGCUUGUCAGUGUUCCACAGGAUUUGAUUGAUCAAAUCUGGACCCCUGAGAACGGACGACCCCCAUUCAAGGCCAGAGACAUCGUUGUGCAUCCGAUGGAGUUUGCCGGAAAGCCCUUUGAGGAGAAAAUCGACGAUUUGAGAAACAAAUUGGUGGAAAAAGGUGCCAAUGCCAUGGUGGUUAGCGAAUUGGACGAGAUUGCCUGGUUGUUGAAUUUAAGAGGCGAGGGCUCUUCCACAGUUGAGGGUCUUUUCCACUCGCCCCUGUUCCAAUCGAUCGCUUUAGUCACUCCUGAAGACAUUCGUUUAUGGAUUCAUUCUGAGAAAAUCACUCCCGACCUGCUGUCCCACCUACAAGGGCCUGAUUGUGACACCCAAAAGGCGACCACGUGUGUGGGUCUGGAAGAUAUCACGAAUUGGCAAUCUAGUCUGGCCCAAUGGGCCUCGGAACAGACAGAUUUGAAGGUUCUGGUGACAAAGCCCUCAAUGUAUUUGUCAGGCGCGAGUUAUGCUGUUUAUCAUACGCUGCCCACGGACUCUGUCCAAUUUGAAGCCUCGCCUAUUCUGGAUGCCAAGGCCAUGAAAAAUUCCGCCGAGGCUCAAGGCAUGGUCAAUGCCCAUAUUCGAGAUGCUUUUGCUGUUUGCGAAUUCGCGGCCUUUCUCGAGGAUCAAAUACUUAACCAGCCCCAAGAGAUUUGGGACGAAAUCCGAGCCGCGGACAAACUCAGUCAACUUCGAGCCCAGCAAAACUUGAGUAAGGGCGACAGUUUCACCACCAUUUCCGCCUCUGGAAGCAAUGCGGCCGUGAUCCAUUACUCACCUGUAGAGGAAACCAAUGCGCUCAUUAACGAUUCGGCUAUCUACUUGCUGGACUCGGGUGGACAGUAUUUAGAUGGGACCACGGACAUCACCCGAACCUUCUUCUAUGGCUCUGACGUUCCUUCAGAAAUCAAGGAAAUGUAUACCCGAGUUCUCAUGGGCGCCAUUGAUCUGGCUAGGGUGACCGUUCCCUAUCGAACCCAAGAUUCCAGUGUAGAUGUGCUGACUCGACAACAUCUUUUCCACAUGGGCCUUGACUUCAGACACGGAACCGGCCAUGGCAUUGGGGCCUAUUUGAGUGUUCACGAGGGACCCACCAGAAUUGGAAUGGGCUGGAGCGACGACAAUGGUCGACUCCAAGACGCCAUGUUCUUUUCCGAUGAACCCGGUUAUUACAAGGAUGGAGAGUACGGCAUUCGUUUAGAGUCCAUUGUACGAGUAGUCAAGAGAGACGAUUUUGACUCGGUCUAUGGACAAUUCAUUGGCCUUGAGACCAUCACUUUGGUCCCAUUUGAGCCCAAAUUGAUCGACUUUGCCCUCAUGACUCCGGAUCAGAUCCAAUGGCUCAACAGCUACAACGACAAGAUCCGACAAACCAUCCUUCCACGCUUUGAAGCCACAGGCAACCAAUUGGUUGUGGAUUGGAUCAACCUGCGAACCCAAAGAGUGAGUCCAACCGUGUCCCAUUGGAUUCAAGACUGGAAGAACGAACUAUGAGUCCUUUCUGUUUACGUGUACUUUGAUACUCUCCGUGUGGAUUUUUUUCAACAAAAAAAAAAGAACUGGAAA